UGGCAUUGCAGUACUGAUAUUGUAACUUUGGCUUCCUGAACUUGUGCGAGCUAGUACAAACGUGCUUACUAGCUGCUGAGUUUCCUCAACCCAAGGCUCUUCAAUUCAUGAAUAAUGACUUGUUGCAUCGAACAAGACAGUCUGGGUCAAGCGUUUGAAGACGCCUUUGAAGUAUUGACCCAACAACAUUCAGCUGGAGAGAUUCAGUACCCCCCAGAACAUAAAAAUUACAUGGCUAUCAUUAACCCUUAUCCUCAUGUCAGAGGCAACUCUAACUACUGUGGAAUGUUACCCCCAGAGAACCCGUUCUACGACUGGAGAAGUGGAACAAAUGGUUCUGCGAACCUGUAUUUGGAAGGAGGCUUCCAUCAGUCCCUGCAGAACAUAGCUGAAAGCCAGCUGGUACAAGCCCCCUUCUUCCAGCAAAAGGGAGGAAGAGCUUCGGGCAGGAGGAAGCUUCGGUUAUUUGAAUACCUUUUUGAAUCCCUGUGCAAUUCAGAGAUGGUGUCUUGUAUUCAGUGGGUUGACAAAGCCAAAGGCGUCUUUCAGUUUAUAUCGAAAAACAAAGAAAAACUCGCUGAACUUUGGGGGAAAAGAAAAGGCAACCGGAAACCCAUGACUUACCAAAAGAUGGCCAGAGCCCUGAGGAAUUAUGCCAGAACUGGGGAGAUCACAAAAGUCCGGAGAAAGCUGACCUACCAGUUCAGCGAAGCUGUUCUCCACAGACUUGCUCCAUCUCACUUCCUGGGAAAAGACCUUUUCUACUCACAAUAUGGCCAGCCUGAUCAGAGCUAUCUCAGUUUAAACCACUGGAAUGCAAAUUACUACGCUCAUGCCAGUUACCAGAGCUGACUCCAGCUUCUUGCCUUGCCUUGUCAAGAACCCAAACUUUAGAAUUUUUCUGAAGCAUUUUUCAGAUUCCACACCGAUGAGACAAGAAGAUGUAGAGAGAGAACUCUGUCUGCAUAGAACAUAUUUGGACUUUUUCUUGUCCUGACAACUUUUAGGUAGUGUUUACAUCUUGGUGUUAAGGGGAACCUAGAUGUUUCAGAAGGGUGCUUACAAUUCCUGCAGACACUUUGCUAUUUGUAAUAAAUAGGCUUAGUGUCCAUGGAAUGGGAUCCAAGAACAUCCUGGAGCCAGAAUGUCUUUUCAGAAAAAUAUGGGAGAGAGAAGCACAGUGCCACUUACUAAUUUUAAAUAAACUAUUGAAUUCAAAGCAA